CACCGCUGCCCGCUCAUCGGCUCGGGGCUGCGCCGGCGCCGGGUGAUGACCAAGGACGGCCGCAGCAACGUGCGGAUGGAGCACAUCGCCGACAAGCGCUUCCUGUACCUCAAGGACCUGUGGACCACCUUCAUCGACAUGCAAUGGCGGUACAAGCUGGUCCUCUUCUCCGCCACCUUCGCCGGCACCUGGUUCGCCUUUGGCGUCAUCUGGUACCUGGUGGCCGUGGUCCACGGGGACCUGCUGGAGUUCGCCCCGCCGGCCAACCACACGCCGUGCGUCAUGCAGGUGCACACCCUCACCGGCGCCUUCCUCUUCUCCCUGGAGUCCCAGACCACCAUCGCCCAGCUGGUCCUCACCACCAUCAUGGAGAUCUUCAUCACCGGCACCUUCCUGGCCAAGAUCGCCCGGCCCAAGAAACGCGCCGAGACCAUCAAGUUCAGCCAAAACGCGGUGGUGGCCCAACACAACGGCAAGACCUGCCUGAUGAUCCGCGUGGCCAACAUGCGCAAGAGCCUCCUCAUCGGCUGCCAGGUGACGGGCAAGCUCCUCCAGACCCACCUCACCAAGGAGGGCGAGAGCGUCCGCCUCAACCAGGUCAACGUGGACUUCCAGGUGGACACGUCCUCCGACAGCCCCUUCCUCAUCCUGCCCCUCACCUUCUACCACGUGGUGGACGACGCCAGCCCCUUCCGGGACGUGGCCCUGCGGACGGGCGAAGGCGACUUCGAGCUGGUGGUCAUCCUCAGCGGCACCGUGGAGUCCACCAGCGCCACGUGCCAGGUGCGCACCUCCUACCUGCCCGAGGAGAUCCUCUGGGGCUACGAGUUCACCCCGGCCAUCUCCCUCUCGGCCAGCGGCAAGUACGUGGCCGACUUCAGCCUC